GUAUGGUCCUCGCGAGCUCCGUAUAAAACGCGUGGUCAGGCGUCGACUUGGACUCGCCGUCGCCGCCGCUGCUUAACCUAUGGACCUCAGUCAGCAUCGGAUUCGCCUAUCCUCCGGCAUCAGACAAGAAUAAAGCCUCGACAAGUUCAUGCUUUCGGAAGCUUCAAAGGAGGCAGCGGCGGAAAUACAAAAGGGAAUGGAGGGAGCAGCAUGGACAACGAGAUCGACGACGGCCGGCUGGGCUCUACGAUGGAGCCGAAGACGAGGUCGACCACCACGGCUUCCCUCGCCUCGGGUCUGGAGAGGCUCGGCACUUCACUUAUUCAGUGCUUGCUAUUCUCCUGUAACUGCAUAUAA